AGGCGGUUAAUGGAACAGCCUCGUCGUAUCUACUGUAGUGACAUAUGUACCUUGUCCGCGUUACCGCUAGUCCUCAGCAUACGACCAUCCUCACGGAACAAUUUGUUGGUCUAUUAAGAAAAGAAUUUUGGUAACUGCAGAAGGGCUAUUGACCCAUAAGAGGCAGUUCCCAUUUAUAUUCGCACAAACGCGUUCAUAUAUCUAACCUAAGCUUGAAACAAUCCAUCGAUUAAUAUGGUUCUAAAUCGAUAAUUAUUAUUCUUGUAGUGGACGUCUGCAUGCGUCACGGGGGACGAAGAAUAUCUCGAGACGAGUAAUUUGAAGAGCGUUGAAGGGCUCCUUACAAGGGUUGAAAAGCAAGAUGGCGCACAGGAAGGUUAUCAGCAGUUUGGAUCAACACGUGGAGAUACUGCAGUAUAUCUUGUACAUCUUCAACACUAUAUUCUUCAAACGAGAUGGGUGACUACAUAGAAGGACUCUCCAUAUUCUACUAUUGGAAUGCCAACACUGUCUUCAUGGUGAGCGCCAUCCUUAUCAUGAUAACCUCCUUCCUUGCUGGCUGUGGUGCCUUCAAAAGAUGUAAAUUCCUACUUUUUGCGUAUAUGGUGAUGACGGUGAUCAUCUUCAUCCUACUGCUAGCGGCGUCGGCAUUCCUGCUGGACAAUGGCCUGGAGGACUCCCAUCUCUUACCGUUCAUCCAGGACUCCAUGAGGAGCCUCAUUCACCAGUACCAGUGGGAUGUAGCAGCCAGAAGGUCCGUUGACAUCAUCCAAGAAAAUAUUGGGUGCUGCGGAGGCUACUCUGCCGAUGACUACAGCACUAUUCACCUGCCUGUCCCAGACACCUGUCGUGACCAGAUAACAGGUAACCAGUUUAAAUACUCUUGUGGAGAAGUGUUAUCUCAGUACCUGGAGAUACUAACAGGAUGGAUCACCGGCAUCAGUCUCAGCAUCUGCCUCUUCCAGUGUUUCUCCAUGGUGGCAACAAUCUGUUUGUGGCAUCUGAUCAGGGAAAUGGAAUCAAGAUAAGUCCCUUGUAGGUUUUUAAGAUUGGACACUAAGUAAAUUAAUACUGUAUAAUGCUUUGAUACUUCUGCCAAGAUGCUGCCUUACCGUGAGAUGGUUCAGAGGAUCAAUGUUCCUGUGCCCCGGUUUUGGCCUCCUGGUUGGCAGACUGGUGUAGUUAUUACAGUUAGACACGGAUAUAAUGAAAUAAUCAAUGAUGGAGUCGGAGUCUGUCUCCUGUGGAUUCCUUCCCAUAUUGGUCUCCGAACGCUGGAUAGAACUGACAAGUUAGCCAAAACUUUUGCUCAUAAAGAGGGAAUUGAUUACCAUCUUGGACUGCCUUUGAGCAGCCUGAGGGCAAUAAUAUUCCGGGAACAUCAACAAAAUCUUGUAAACUUGAGGCAAAGUGAAAUUCACACCAGUUGCUC